UGGGGCCACGGCGGCCCAGCGAGCGCUGAGGCCCCUCGAGCAUGUCGGCCAGGAGCAGGGGGCCGCGGCCUGAGGACCUGCGCCGCCAAAAAGAGGCCACCGAGGCGGCCGCCAGGGCCCAGUCGGCCUGCAUCCUUAGAAGAAGCCGCCUCCGGGCCGCUGCCCGCCUCCAGCGCCGCCUCCGACAGGUGCUGCUUGCCCUAACUGAUAAACUCACAGAGUUGGAGGCGAAACGAAUGGAAAAAGUUUUGCUUUCUUUGUCAAGCGAAAUCGAGGAGUUCCAUCUUCAGAACCGCGAAUCACCGCAGGAAAGCGUCGCUCAAUGUGUGGACAAACCACUUCAGCUCAGGGCCACUUCACUCUCCGCCGAUCUAUCAAAAAGCCUUCUUGUCACAAACUAUCUGGGACACCAAGUGGCGGUGGCCGCCGUCAAAUCGUUAGCAACUUCCAGGCCAGAAUGCGUGGAGCACCUUUCCGUGGGCGUCUGUCUAUUGGCGAAGGCGCUGGGCACAAUGGAGGCUGGCACCAUCGACAUUGAAGGUCGCGGCCUCCUGCUGUACCGCAACACGUGCCCCUUCAUGCUGGUGCCCGCCCGCAAGCUCACCCUGACACGCCUUCUGCAACUGGCCGCCUGUCAGCGGGCCGAGGCGGCCAGCAGGGCGCUCGUGGCCGCCGUGCUCUCGUCGGCGCCCGCGUCUGUCCGCGUACCCGAUUCCGAGGAGGACGUCGUCAGCUCGAGACCCAUUCCUCACGUGGUCACCGCCGACGGUGUCGGAACUAGAACUCUUUACGUCAGGAGCAGCAGUUUCAGCCUGCGCAGUGUGAAGAACUCGAGUUUCGAAGUUGCCCAGGAACUCGUGCAGUACGCGACCCCUCCCGUGACCUUGGAGAACGACCUUUGCCCGCUCGCCAACCUUCUGAACGAUUGUGUCGCCUCCGAACAACGACUGCCCGCUGCCCUCCUCAUCGCCGCCAAAACUCAUGCACCCUCUCUGGCUGGACCUUCGGGGGACAAACUACUUGCUCAGAAAGACUCGAGGUCAAAGGUCAUGACCUACUAUCGACAACUAUUAUGGGGUGACGCCGCCACACUCGCUGACCACGUCCUCCUUUGGUGGCUCAAGCCACUAGGCCAAUUGUGGUCAGGUCGAAGUCUGCUGAGUUGGUUGCGGAAGGAGGCGCGCGAGAUGCGUUCUGGGGAGCCGCUGUCCUGCAUGAACGCCCUUUGCGAGGCCCUGGCGACGCACCAGGCGGUCGUCUCAUGGGACGCCCUUUUCCGCAGAGCCACCGUCGCUCCCUCGGGCCACACUUUUGCUUCCUUACUCCACUCUCUUGUGAUUCAAGUGCAGCUGGCCGAGGUCGGACCUGCCGUCGAGCAGAUUCCCCUUCUGCACAGAAUGGACCACUCGCUGCACACGUAUCGACUUUGGGUGCUUUCGGCGGCUCGGAACCACAUCGGCAACUGGCACGUUGACCGAUUCGUCGACACCAGUCAGUCCGACGUGGCAGACGCGCUCAACGACCUCGAAAGAUUAUCGAUCUCAGACAUAUACAAUGAACCUCCUUUGGAAUGUGUACACGAAACUGUUUGCGCCAAAAUGCGAUGUAAACUUGUGUCUGAAGUAACCAUCAAUCUUGGGAAGCUUCAGCGAACACCCGAAGAGUGCAUCCAAGUGAUGGCCGCUGUUUGCCGAACCGUCAGUCUCGCGAAUCUCCACAUGUGCUUCCCGCCGCGACGGUAUUGGCGUCAGGACGGUGCUCUGCCGCAGUUCGCAAGUGCCUACGUUGAGCAAUAUUUAGACAAAAUGCUGCGGCCAGUGCUAUUGGCUACGAGUUCCCUGCCGACAGAGCUGCAGCAGAAAAUCAGUGGCAUGACCCUGAGGAUCAUGUGCGAAGCCUGGCUGGACCACAUUUACCAGUUGAAGAUCCAGUUCAGCGAGCGAGGUGCAUUGCAACUUCUGGCCGACUUCGGGGCGGUGACGACCUGGUUGCAGGAAAGGGCCGCCCUGACCCCUCCGGUGGAGAAGCACCUGGUGCGCAGCGAGGUGUUGCGAAGGUGCGAAGGGGUCGGUCGCCUUUUGCUGCGGCAACCUGGCGAGUCGCUCGACCUGGCCACGUCCAAGCAGCUGCCCGACCCCAACAAGUGCCCUUCGGUGGGCACCCCUGUCAAGGACAGCAUGCCCGCUGAGAUGUACGUGCCGAACCAGGAGAAGUGGCUGCAGCUCAGGGCGCGCCGCAAAGGGGCGGCCACCCUCUUGUGCUGCAGAUGAGAUUUGGCUCGUCGUCACGUCGACGCAUUUUCAAAGAGGAAAAAACCCUAAAACUCAAAAGCAGG